AUGUAUUCAGUUUUCUACUGACCGUCGUGGUGUACAUUUCGAAUUCAAUACAACGGUUUGCAAAAAGAUGCAACUUUCCAAGUUCAUUAUUGUGUCUCUGAUUUUGUGUGGUUUUCACAAUGUGAUAUCGUCACAAAAUAUAAUUCCCACCGUAUUAGUACAUGGUGGUGCUGGAGAUAUAGCCGAAUCUACGAUACCCACUAAAAAGUAUGGUGUCAAAUUGGCUGCUCGCAUUGGUUACGAGACUUUAAAGAGCACUGGCAACGUAGUAGAUGCUGUUCAACAAGCGGUAGAAUACUUAGAAUCUAAUCCAAACUAUAAUGCUGGCUAUGGCGGUGUUCUUACUUGGGAGGGUAAUGUGGAAAUGGAUGCGGCCAUCAUGAAUGGUUAUGAUUUGAAUGCCGGUUGUGUAUCGUUGGCUAAAGAUAUAAUGCAUCCCAUAUCAUUGGCUCGUAGCAUAAUGGAUAAAACAAGACAUAUGUAUUUAGCAGGUGACGGAGCCAUGACUUAUGCUAAGACAGAAGGUUUUGAAUUUUUGCCAGAAGGAGCUUUAGUUACUGAAAAUGCUAAAAAAGCUUUGGAAGACUUUAAAAAUAGUUAUAAUAAUGGCAGUAGAUUUAUAGAAGAGAAAAUUUUCGGCUCUCCUGGUACCGUAGGUGCUGUUGCUAUUGAUGCUUAUGGCAAUGUGGCUGCUGCUACUUCUACCGGUGGCAUAACUGGUAAAAUGCCUGGUCGUAUUGGAGACUCACCAAUUUUGGGUGGUGGUACUUAUGCAGACAAUGAUUCGGGUUGUGUCUCGGCCACUGGCAAUGGAGAAACUAUUAUGCGUUACAAUGUUGCCUCCCGAAUUUUAGCAUUGACGGAAAUUUUUGGUUUAAGUGCUCAACAGGCUACUGUUAAGGUUUUAGACGAAAUGACAGAACGUUUCAAACAAACUGCAGGUGUAAUUAGUAUAGAUCCAAAGGGAAAUCUCGGUAUAUACUUUACUUCUCGACGCAUGUCUUGGGCCUAUCAACGUGGUGGAGAAUUGCAUUUCGGCGUCGACAAGGGCGAGGAUAAUGUAGAAAUUGUGGGCGAACCAAGAUUAAACAUUUGAGAAACAUGUUUUAAUAAAUUGUAAAAUAUACGUUUCAAAAUAAA